GUUUGUCAGUGUCUGAUUUAGUCGGCCUCAUAUUGUUGGCAGGAUCGUGCAUCUGUUUAACACCAGCAGUUGUUCAGGCAAAUCUACCAUUUGACAGCAUAGAAGUCUCGUACCUGAUUUUUAUGAUGCCACAUUUUGCAUUCACCCGUGUCGGCGCUUGCAUUACUGCUUUCAUAAGCCUGGAAAGAUGUUUGAGUAUUGUGGCUCCUUUAAAG